GUUGUGUCAUUUCCGGAAUAAGAUGGCUGCAGUGCGUGUGCUGAGAACCUGCAGCCUCAAAGCGGGGCGGCUGAUCUGUGUUCGCUACUUUCAAACAUGUAGUAAUGUUCAUGUUUUGAAGCCAAAUUAUGUGUGUUUCUUUCGUUAUCCUUCAUUCAAGUAUAGUCAGCCACACCAGCUGCUGAAAACAACUGCUGUUCUGCAGGGACAGAUUGUCCAGUUCAAACUCUCAGACAUUGGAGAAGGAAUUAGAGAAGUAACUGUUAAAGAAUGGUAUGUAAAAGAAGGAGAUACAGUGUCUCAAUUUGAUAGCAUCUGUGAAGUUCAAAGUGAUAAAGCUUCUGUUACUAUCACUAGUCGUUAUGAUGGAGUCAUUAAAAAACUGUAUUAUAAUCUAGACGAUAUUGCCUAUGUGGGGAAGCCAUUAGUAGACAUAGAAACAGAAGCUUUAAAAGGUACUGUAAACGUGUUCCAUCAAUUUUGCCAAAUUGAUUACUGUGACCUUUUGUCAUUGGAUACUAAUUAAAUGUAAUGUUUAUUUUUAAUAACUUACAGGAUUUAAUUUGAGGGUUUAGGAGCUGAAAUCAGGAAAAUAGAAAAGUCUUUUGAUGCAUGAUCAUCUUUUGACCAGUUACCAUGUUAAAAACAUGUAGAGUAGCACUUCAUUUAUCUGGAGGCCUGCCUUCUGGAAACCUUAGUGUUCAAAGAGUCAACAAGCUCUCUUAGGAAUUAAAGAUCCAGUCCUUGAACACUGGUCAUUAAUAACAAAAAUUGGAAUAUGCAGAGAUUAAAUCUAACAUCAUGGGAUUGCUGUGUUUGUUCCUGAUGCAAAAACAAAAAAGCAUUCUCAUUGGUAAUGGUUAUGAAACCCAAACUUCUUGAAGAAAAAUAGAAAAGAGGGAAAAUCAGAAUGAAGAGCAAAGAAAACUAGUAUUCAGAAGCAGCAGCAUCUAUGGAAUUUACAAGGAACAAAUGUCCUGACAAAAGGAAAUCCAUUAUGAGAAUGUUACAGAGGAAAACUACAACAGUGGGCCAUCUCAGUAGGGACAUACAGCUGGCUCUCAGCCUCAGAAGUUCCUUGUGGCAUUGUUGUGAUACACAAAGGUUAUGUUUUCUAGGAAAGAGGUUUGGUACCAGGGAUGGGGGGAGCAUAAGUUCUGUGAUGCAGCCCUACACUCGCAAUCUAUCUGGGAAGUGCUAAGAGAAAGACAUUUCAGUAGUAUAAUUCAGAAGUCUAGAAGAAGUCUGAAUUGCAGUGACUGGCUGACUCUGAGUUCUGUAGUCUAUGCAGUAAUAAUAACGAUAUCACAAUCAUACUUUACAGUAUACAAAAUGUUUCAGACUUAUUUUAUUUAUCCUUAUUUGUGAGGUAUUCCAGUUGAACAGAUGAAGAAAUUAAACACAACCUGGAAAGUUGGUCAGUGACAGAGCCAAAUAUAGAACUUGGAUGUCCUUAGUCCUUGUCCAGAGUAUUUUCUACUAUGACCUGUUUCCUCCAAAGUUUCCUCCAAACUAAUCUGUUUGCCUAGUUACUAAUCCACGUGUUUCAUAACAAUACAUUUUCAUUUUAUCAAUACAUUUCAUUUAAUCAGACCAUAUUUAAAAUUCCCCAGGUGCCCCCAAAAUUUCCUUGCAUUUCAAUCGGUUUGCUCAAAUUAGGAUCCAAUCAAUACAGGACUGUACAUUGUACAUGGUCUCUUUUAAUCUAGUUCAUACUCCCUUGCAUUUUAAUGUGACACUCGUUAAAGAUGCGAUACCAGUUGUGCUGCAGAAUGUUUCAUCUUUUGGAUUUGUCUUACUCUUCAUGGUGGUGUUUGGCUUGUUCCUCUCGUACUUGUAUUUCCUGUAACCUGACUGAGUUUUAAAGGCUAGGUUCAAGUUAAAUGUUUUGGCUGAAAUACAUCAUGGAUGAUAUUAUGUACUUCUUUUCUUUUGCUUCACAUCAGGACAUGCAACAUCUGGAUGACCUGCUCUAGGGAUACUAAGUUUAAACACUGAAUUAGGAUUAUGAUACCCAUACUCUCCACUGUACAGUUGUGUUUUUCCCUGAAAGUAUCUUUGUGCUGUUAUUUUGGCACUAUGUAAGUAUAUAGAAUAUCAAUGGAGGGUCCUUGCCUGAAUCAACAAUUGCUUUAGUGGUUGUGGAAUGGUGAUUUUUGGAUUUUGUCAUUCCUUUAACCUUAACUGGAAAGUGAAGCUUUCCCAUCAUCAGUUGAGGCUAUUAGGUACUCUGAAAUACAAUUCCUAUGGGAAAAAACAGAAUACAUGUUUGAUUCUUUCCCCUUAUCUAUUCAAAAAGUAAGGAGUUGCUUUAGUUGCCACUUCAAAUGAUGAUACUAAUUUCCCAAUUUUCUCUUUGUGUAUAUUUCAGUUGGCUCAAUGUGCUUAAUCUAUUAUGAUCAUUCUUUUUAAUGGUCAAAUUGAAACUUAGUGAUAACUCUUUCAAAGUGGCUCCUAUGUGUUCUAUUAACAGAGCCCCAUUAAUUUUCAAAAGCCUCCUUGCUUUUGACACAGAAGUUGAUCUGGAAUUCACUUUGUACUUUUCCUCUUGACCUGAAAUCAUUCAGUUCUUUAGGGGCUUUAGUUCCUUUUAAUGUAGAAUGGAUGAGACCAUAAUUUGGGUACUAGGAGUGCUUCUUAUUAUCUUGAUUCCAAAUUUCUAUAGAGGGCAUCAUUUAGAAGCAAAAAAAGAAUUCACCUUUUAAAGUUACGUGAAAUAGAAUUAUUUUAAUAAACCAAUGACUUUUUUUUUUAUUCAGUUAAGACCUAGAAAAGAAAGAGGGUUACACUCUUGGCACAGACUGAGACAGGCAAAGAUGCUAAACACUGUUAGAGAUGGCAGUAAGUCAGAAUACCCAGUCAGGUACUGUAGACCAGAU